AUGCGCCGAAGCGGAGUAGAUCAGAGUCGUCCCACUCUCUGUCAUCCGUCUCAACGAUAUCGACUAGUCGAUCGCAUUCAGUCUCGCCGCCACGGCAUGAAGUUUAUACUGAAAGUAGGGGGCGAGACCGAGCCCAAUCAACCUCGUCGCAUCAACCACCAUCAAGAAAGAGACGAUUCAGUGACUCAUUAUCCGACCAUACUGACUCUUCUUACUCAUCUGGUGGGCGACAGCGCUCUCGAUCGAGGGAAUGGGAGACAGACAGAAACACAAGACGAAGGCGUCGGGAAUCUAGCCCUGAAGAGCGUGGUCGACCUAGGAACAUCUCUGAAGACGGCAGCCGGAGGGAGUCGAAUUGCCAAAGAAAGACGGUCGGCGACUCCAGAUACAGUGAAGGGACGGCGCCAUCCAACAAGAGAUUCCGAGGGAAACAUGAGCCGGUCGAGGCAACUGGACGACCAGCGCAAUCACGCCUUCAGCGGACCUAUGUCUGGUUCAGCGCGAAGGGAAAGAAGCCUCAGCCCUUACAGUAAGCGCCUGGCGCUGACUCAGGCCAUGAACAUGGAACGCUGA